GGUGCAGAAGGUAUACCGCCCAGCUCUAGUACACAUAUAUUUCUGUGUGUUGAAAUAAUUAUUUACUGUCUUAAAGGGGGCUCUGGACAAAGGAAAUUGACUCCGCUGCCGCAGGGUUCAAAGGGCUACACUGGGAAAAUUCUCAAGACCUCUUCAAACAAUGGAAAAAACAUAAUAUAUAUUGUCCCCCUACAAGAGAAGAUAGAUACCACCCCCCUGGCUUAUGAUGCCCCUGAGUUCCACAACAUGCCAACAAAUCAAUGUAUGGCCUGUGGAAUAUUAGUUCCUCUGCAGUUGCUCCCUUCCCAUUUGGAGUCUUGUCAGCGCGACGAUUCUCAAACUGUAGCAAGAGAAGAAGAGGAAGAUGAGGUUGUUUGUUUGGAAACAUGUCCAAUAUGUGACAGGCCGAUUGCUGCUGAGUUCAUGCUUGCCCACGCAAGUUCAUGUGGGGAGAGUUUCCCUCAGAUGACCUCAGAAGAGGUAGAAAGGCCACAGACAUCGAAAGCCUCCACAAGCAGCGUUGCUGAAAGCAGCAUGUCUUCUUCUUCUGUCUUCCCAACACGAGAGCCAGCACUUGCAAUAUCUGACGCCUGGAAGACAGACAAGGACCCUGAAAGGGCAGCCAUGCUUUACCGACGUUAUUUGCUAGACCAAAAAGAAGAUGCACCCACACUAAGAGUAAGAAUCGACAUUAGAGAAGAUGUGGAUGACCAGGAGGGACGGCUAAUCAGCUUUUACAAGGCCAAAGGAGUUGACUGGGCGCGGCCACUCUACUGUAAAUUGGAAGGUGAUGCAGCUACUGGUGAUGGUGUGAAACGCCAUUUCUUCAGCCUUGCAAUGCAGAAGUUGCAGAAGGGAUUCCUCCUAGAUUUUGGGAAUAGAAUGGCAACUGUGCUUUUCGAGGGUCAAGAGGACCAUCUCAUCCCCUCCACCUCCCAAGUUCUUGUCCAAAGCGAAUUGUUCACAAUGGCGGGGAGGAUGAUAGGCCACUCGUUUCUCCAUGACGGUCCACCGCUAACUGGUAUCAGCCCAGCUGUUCUGCACAUGUUGACGGGUGGCUCCACUGACACAGCUCCCAUCGUGUUGGAGGAUGUUGCAGACAUGGACAUCCGAGAAACAAUACAUCUGCUCACUUCAGCCGACACGCUGACAGACGAAGAAAUUGAUUUGGUGAACCAGUUGGCAAUGUCCUGGGACCUUCCAGUGUUGACAGCCAACAACCAUGCCUGGCUACUUCAAAGCCUUCUCCAGCAUGCAGUCCUUGCACGAACCUCAAAACAGGUCACACAGUUGAGGCGGGGCCUGCAGGAGGCAAUUGUACUACCAUUGAUUGAAGCCAGGCCAGAUGUGUUGCCAUAUAUUUUUCCACGCCAGGCAAUGGCAAAAAUCACUGCAGAGAUGGUUCUGCAGAAGAUCGUCUGGCCUGGAGAGAGGGAGGAGGAGGGAUGCCCUGUCGCUGUGCAAUGCACUGUAGCCGGCUAUCUGCGACAUUUUGUGGAGACAGUGGCAGAGGACGACUUGAAAGAGCUGGUAAAAUUCUGGGUUGGCUGGGAGCUGCCGACUGAUAGGAUGCAAGUUGAGGUGGUGGUGGCCGAGCAUCCAUCCAGCCAGACCUGCUUCAGCCUGUUGAGACUGCCCAGCCACUACAGCAGCUACGAACAUUUCCACAAUCACUUACUUGGAUGCAUAAAGACCAGCGAGUUUGGGUUUGGCCUUAUUUAAAGCCAUGGCCAUAUUAAAAAAUGCCAGUGAUGUUCAUUUAAAGUGAUACUGUCCCAUUUUUGGAAAUGAGCUCAUAAUAUACCUUUCCUUGAGCUGAA